AUGACAGACUGUAAGGCCUUGGCCACUCCGGCUACAGUCACCCAACCUGCUACACCCUCUUUGACUCCUUUCGAGAACCCGACACAGUAUCGCCGUAUCGUAGGGGCUCUGCAGUACCUAACCAUCACCCGGCCUGAUCUCUCCUACUCUGUUAACAGGCUGUGUCAGUUCAUGCACUCUCCGACUGAUGAUCACUGGGCACUGCUCAAGCGGGUUCUGCGGUAUAUCAAGGGGACUCAGGACUACGGGCUUCGUCUAUCUCCAUCACCUUCCUCUGAUCUACAUGCUUACACGGAUUCGGACUGGGCCGGAUGUCCGGUAGACUGCAAGUCCACCAGUGGCUACGCUGUGUUUCUCGGGGACAAUCUUGUUUCAUGGGUCUCUCGCAAGCAACGCACCGUGGCUAGGUCCUGCACAGAGGCCGAGUACAAAGGGCUUGCCGAUGUUUCAGCAGAGGUUACAUGGGUUAUCUCUUUACUGCAUGAGUUAGGGUUACACUCCGGCACCCCGGCUACGCUAUGGUGUGAUAAUUUAGGCGCCACCUACUUAGCGGCUAAUCCUGUUUUCCACGCUCGCACGAAACAUGUUGAAAUUGAUUACCACUUCGUCCGGGACAAGGUCGCAUCUGGGGAUUUCAUUGUUAAUUUUGUCGCAACCAAAGAUCAGCUGGCAGACAUCUUCAGUUCUUCACCAAACCACUUCCGGCUCCGCGUUUUCAGACUCUACGAGACAAGCUCAAUGAGCUUUUAG